AUGCUCUGCUCGUCAUUCUCGAUCUCGCAACUGGCGAUCCCGUCGGUCUGCGUACUCAUCGCCUUUCUCGCCUACACCUCUCAGUACUUCUUCGCCUAUUUCGAGCCGUCGCCUCUACGGGAAAGCGAACUAUGGCGCAUCAACAUCUUCGCCCUGUGCAUCUGGAUCUGCUACUACCGUUCAUGCACUGUAGACCCCGGGCGCAUUCCCAAGGACUGGAAGCCGGUAGACAGUAAGCAGCUGGAAGCCGACCGUGUCAGUGGUCGACAGCGAUGGUGCCGUAGAUGCGAAACCCUGAAGCCACCGCGGGCGCAUCACUGCAAAACAUGUCGCAGGUGUAUUCCAAAGAUGGACCAUCACUGUCCGUGGACAUCCAACUGUGUCUCGCACUUUACCUUUCCCCAUUUUGUGCGGUUCCUGUUUUAUGCAGUUGUGGGCAUGGGUUAUCUCGAGUCGUUGCUGUUUGAGAAAGCUUCCAUCGUUUGGGCUUCCAGGAAUCUUCCAAGCUACCUCGGACCGAGCGCAUCUCAGAUAGCUCACCUUUUUAUUCUGCUCGUCUUGAACAGCCUAACAGUCUUCAUGUUGUUUGUACUCCUGCUUCGAACCAUGUGGUCUCUAGCGUUCAACACGACGACAAUCGAAUCAUGGGAGAUCGAAAGACACGAGACGCUGGUUCGAAGGGCCCGACACUUCCGCGGGUAUCUGAGCGGACCAGGUGGCACCAGCAUCCGCAUCAAGAAGCAGGAAUUCCCUUAUGAUAUUGGCAUCUGGGCGAACAUCCGAGCGGGAAUGGGCGGCAGUAGAAAUGUUAUCAGUUGGUUUUGGCCACUUGCACGGACGCCUGCUCGUACCACCGGGCUGGAAUAUGAAGUAAACGGGUUUGAAGAACCAGAUGUUUCGUGGCCACCGCCUGACCCUGAUCGGAUCCCUAUCCCUUCUAAACAGCACCUGUCUAGUGGCAUUUCCAACGCUGGGAAUUAUGAACGCGAUGAGGUCGAGGCCUUUAACCGUCGAAAAGCGGAGGACCUCAAACGCUCAAGAGAGAACUUGGGGAUCCAGCGUCGUCGACGUUUCCAUAAUCGUUUGGACAAAACCAAGGAGAGCCCUUCCAAAGCAGACGAGUCUAGCGACGAUAUCGAGGACUCCGAGGAUGGUGAGGAAGGCUGGAGAAAUGCCGAAGGCGAGCGAUUGGGGGAUUUCGGCGUGGACGAAGAUGCCGAAUUCUACGACGAGGAAGAUAUCCCUCUGGGUGUCUUACUGAGACAACGAGCCCAGAAGAAUCAAUAG